AUGACCGACUUGUCCAAUACAGACACCGAUAAUGGCGACAAGGACGAGAGUCUAGCUUCUCAAAAGUCCCACCAAUACCACCGCCAUCGAACAUCCCCGCCUAGUGAAGCUUUCCACACCUCCUCCACCGACGAGAACCGCCAUUACACGCUUCUGGACUACUACGACUUGACUCUACCGCUAAUCAGCGGCAAGUCAUUACAGUCUCUGAAUGUGCACUCGUUUCUUAGAACAUUGGUGGAUUUCUCACUCUCACAUUCGCUCCAACUCCGAGCACUUCAAAAACGAGAGAUCAAAUUUGGUGAUUUGUCAUAUCAGCAGAUUGGCACCUUCAGGAUAUUGGUGGUCAAUUCCACCUUUCCAAAAACUACCCAGGCCCAGUAUAGUGCUUGUGUCCGUCACAAGUUGGUAGAGCUCUGUCCUCAGUUUAUUUUGGCUAUGUACUUGUUUGCACGGUUCCACAUCGAAGACACUUUUGGCGAGUUGGACUUGACAGAAGAUUCUACAAACGAUUCGCAGCUACUCGAGUACAAGUUGCUCAAUGGUGGUAAAAAGCUUCGCCCGCUCUCAUAUUCUCAACAGUACAAAGCUUCCACCAAGAUCCUCAAAUUCACCGACGACUUCAAGUCUGUCAAUCUUGGAAAGAUCUUGACGUCUCAAAUUAACAACGAUCCUAAGCUCGGUUCAAUCCACACCUCCAACUCCAUGUUCAAGCCGUUGGCUAACUCUGUUGAUGGUAUUCUGAUUGAGGUGCUCUGCCAACUUGCGGGCUUUGACUCGUCGCUGAAAUAUCAUGUGGAGCGAGCCCAGAAAGAUCCACCAGAAUCUGUUUUCCAGAAGAUCUUCCCGUUUUUAAACGAUAGAAAACUUGACACUCCAGGUCCAGAAAACAUCUUCUUCAAGGUUUUGGAUGGUCUUCGUCGUUCGCUCGUGCAAGAUAUGGUGGAGAUUUACAAGAAGUUUCCAGACAAUUUACUCUGCGACCAUCCCAUCUUCAAUCUGGAGGAGUUUUUCAAGUUUGCCGGUGUAGCAGCCGUGCACAAGCAGAGAGCUCCUAAAAGAUCUUUCCUGGACGACGAGCAACCAUCCCUGCCAGAGGAAGAGUCAUUUGGCCCGGACGAAGAUGACGAGAGACUGAAUCAGGACGAAGACAACGAGGAUAACAACGAGGAUAUCGGCGACAGCGACAGCAUGGCCAUCGAGAUGAAAAGAAAGUCUACAAGGGCAAAAAAACAAAACAAAAGACUUAGAAGCUUAGAGUCAGCAGUUGAGCUGAUCCAAACACAGCAAAAAGAACUCGUCAAGGACGUCCGCAACUUUAUUGACAUACAAGCAGCACAGCUCGCUAUGCAAGGACGCAGCCUUAGCGACUUAAUCAACUCGACAAAUGGACUCAGCAUUCUCUUGACGGCACAAAGUGCCAACCGAAACAACUACGCAAGACAGGUGCUUGAUGAAAACGUUUAUGGUAUGGAGGUAAUCCGGGCCCAGAUCACUGACCAACGCAAUGAGCUACUCAAGUCCAAGCAAACAUGGAAACUCGACAAAGAGCGGGGAACCUUAAACAAUGCCCCACGAUCGGCACCCAUGCUUCUGGCCACAGCUACCACCAUAGCCGAGGUUUGGGAGGACUACAAAAAUUGGGAACGAGCUUUGUACGAUAAAGGACUUAACAAGGGGGAGUGGGUGAGGGGCCAAACACCUGCCAUAAUACAACUUCAGGAGACAAGGAGCAUUGUGGUUAAUUUUAUUGAGAAGCAAGCCGGUUUCCGCCAACUUCCAGUCAGUAUUGUGAUUGAGAAAUUGCAAAGAUUGAUGAGAAAGCACCAACUUCCCCCAAGCAUUGCUGAGUUGAGCAAGCAGAUCUCUGACGGCUUCACAAUUGAUUUAGAAUAG